AUGGCCGAAGAAAUCGAAUCUCGUGUCCUCCUCAUCAUGACUGGCGGUACAAUCUGCAUGCGCCAGUCGCCAAACGGCUUCGUCCCCGCGCGCGACUUCCAAGAACAUUGUCUCGCGCCUAUGCCUGCUUUUAAUGAUAAAUCGCCCUCGAUCCCGAUAGAAGUUAUCAACGACAACGCUGAGAGAACUGGCCAUGAGGUGAAGGAGUACACCAGUCUGCGGACCCCGCAAACAGCCUACGGCCGCAAAGUGCGCUACACGGUCUACGAGUUCCCAGAGUUACUGGAUAGCAGUUCAAUCGAUGCAAAAGGGUGGACAGAGAUCGCGGAGACGAUUGAGCGGAAUUACACACAUUUCGAUGGUUUCGUGGUACUGCAUGGCACGGAUAGUCUGGCGUACACGUGCUCUGCGCUGAGUUUCAUGCUGCAGAACCUGGGAAAACCGGUUGUCCUGACUGGAUCGCAGUCGCCGAUGCUGGAACUGCAGAACGAUGCUACAGAAAACCUGCUAGGCUCGUUGGUUGUCGCGGGUCACUUUAUGAUCCCCGAGGUGUGUUUGUAUUUCAAUAAUCGGCUGUUCCGUGGGAACCGGUGCAUCAAGGUCGCAGCGAGUGAUUUUGCAGCGUUUGAAUCGCCAAACUAUGCGCCUUUGGCUGUGACGAAUUCGACGCGCACGAAUGUUAACUGGGAGAUUGUGAGGAGGCCUCGCGGGAUCGGGGCGUUUGGGAUCCGUACGGAUUUGGAUACGAGGCAUGUUGCUUGCUUGAGGAUCUUUCCGGGCAUACAGCCGGAGAUGGUGGAUGCGGUGCUUAGGUUGGAGGGGUUGAGGGGUCUUGUGCUGGAGACGUUUGGGGCGGGAAAUGCGCCGCAUGGGCAGGAUAACGCCAUGACCAAGGUGUUGGCGGAUGCGAUUGGGAGAGGGAUUGUGAUUGUCAAUGUUACGCAGUGCCUCACGGGGAGCGUGAGCCCCGUGUACGCGCCUGGAAUGAGUCUCUCGCGUGCCGGAGUGGUAGCCGGUCUGGACAUGACUACCGAAGCGGCGCUCACCAAGCUGGCUUAUCUACUGGCAAUCCCCGAAUGCACACCCGAGUCGAUUGCCAAGGACAUGGCCGUGUCGCUCCGCGGAGAACUAACCGAGAUCUCGCAGCCGGUGUUCCGCCAUCCGGAUGGGGAACUGUCGGAACGGGCGCAGACGCUCACGAUGCUGGGGUACGCGAUCGCUCGGGGCGAUUUGCAACGGGUAGAUGUGAUAGUCAAGAUGGAGCAUCAUUGGCUGUUGAAUGAUGCGGAUUACUCGGGAAAUACGCCUAUCCACAUCGCAUCCACAUCGCCCUCGCUCGAAGUACUGGAAUACCUCCUCCGACAAGGAGGCUCGGUUCACCUGCGCAAUAACCAGAAUCGCACGCCGUUGUUCAUGGCUGCGAAUGCUGGAAUGGGAGAGCAUGUUAAGCUGCUGCGGCAGUCCGGGGCACAUCUGCAUUCGGACGAGCGGGCAGCGGCGGAGGUGUUGGCGCAACGGCGGCCGGAGAUCUGGGGAGAAGCGGGAUUGCACGAGUAG